CUUGGUCGUUGUCGGGCCACGGUUCAAUUUUUCCCCGACAGUGGCUUGUACAAUACAACACUUCUAAGAACGGCUGCGCCACCAUCGUCAACUCGGUGAGUUCAAACCAGUUAGUAAACUUGCUUCACUCUAGACACACCAUAUUUCCUGAAAUCCAAAUGCAAAUCCUAUCUGUAACAAGGCUACCUACAGUGGAGCUGGCAGUCAGCCGCAUCUCAUCUUGAAACAAAAGAUGGGCGAAACAUCUGGUCUGCAUAGAAUCCGGUGUUCGCAGUGGUUACAUGCGGAUUAGAGCGUUUCAUGUCCUCCUGCAGACGGUUAUCACCUGAGACUAGGUCAGCCCUGCAGACCGAUUCUUUGGGAAUUUGCCAAGUGGGGGUUCUUGUUUAUGGGAAUGGGUGGAGAUAUAAAGAUCUGAAGGUGUGGGCAUUUUGAGACCUGAAGUUGCCUCAUCGUCCUGUUACGGCGCGAGCUUGUUAUCACAUAUCUACCCUGCAUUUUGCUUACUGGGUGUUAACUCAUCUUCUAAAAUCUGAUAUUCAAGAAAUCCAAAGGCUACAGCAGUGCUGGUCCAAAACCAAUAUCAACGCCCUCAAACAUGUCCCUCCCAUCCUACAAAGACGCCAUCACCCCCCUCGACCCCCUCGACUUCGUCGCCGCCUACCUCUCAACUCACGAUCUUCUCACCUGCUCCCUCGUAAACAAAAACUUCAACACCGUCUUCGCAAAAUAUCUCUGGACAGAUCCCCUCCGCAUCAUAGGCAACGGCGCCAAACGGAUCCCCUUCCACCUAGAAAAAUACCGCCUCUUCAGCAAAUCCAUCACCACCACAAGAGAAUCCACCAAAAACCUAGUCCAAACACUAGACUACCGCCAGCAAUGGAUCCCAAAGAUGUACGCCCUUCCCAAACACGUCAGCCAGCGCGCCCUCACCAUGGACGCCGGGUACUGGAACUCCCAACGCAUAGUUUACAAGCUCCUCAGCUCCCUCCCCGCUCACUUCCACCGGACCAAAUUCCUUUUCCUGGAUGACAUCGAGUUCCCCCUCUCCCUCCCCCAACCGCCACGGGAAACAUGUCAUCCACUCCUCCUCAGCCUGCGGAACUGCCAGAAUAUCGCCACCAUCCUCCUCCCCGAGGACGCAGCAGACUUUCUAAGUGAGAUCAUUUACCUGGAUAUCUCGCACACCGCCCUCCGCGACGCAUACAACCACCCCACCUACCCCCCAGCACACCUCAUGCUCCCCUCCCUGCGCAUCCUAAAACUCCGUCACGUCUCCCUCCUCGACUCCGAUCUCCGCGCUCUGCUGGCCGCAAGCCCGCACCAGCUGCAACUCGCUAGUCUCGAUGUGCGGGAUAACAAGCUCACCGACGGCGUCAUUCCCGAUCUGGAACAGCACAUCGUGUGGCGCAUUGAUGCCACCUCCCUAACCACUCCUCGUCUUCCAAACUACGGCGCUACGACAGAGCAGGGGAAUAAAUACCUCGAGUCCCCCCCUGCCUACUCUGAGCGCCCUCGAACAGAGGAGGAGCACCAAGAGACCUUCAUCCGCGACACCCCCCACCCUCCGCCCGAUGAUCCGGAGUCCUUCACUAAAUGCGCGAGGGAGCAUGGGGAUAUGAGUGAUCUAAUCCCCUUCGCGGGGCUAACAGCGUUGUACCUCUCCGGGAGCGGGUUUACGUCUGAUGCAUUUCUAAGACUGGUUAGGGCGAGUGAUAGGAUACAGGUUCUCGAUCUCGAUGCUCCCUUCAAGGAGACGAGGUAUUCGGCGUCGAUCCCUGCACCACCAGCUACAGAUGAGGAACAGGAGGAUGGACCAACGCACCCAGUAGAAAUAGCGACGCACUACCUCUCUCUCGCUCUCUCUCCCCGUCUCUCUACCCUGCGCGCGCAUCACGCACUGGUCACUCACUCCACAACCUCCUACCACCCAGACACAAACCCUCACCUAUCAUCCCUAACACUAACUUCCAUCCCUCCCCUCUCCCCUCCCUCCCUUUUAAACUCACUCAAAACCUUUCUCCUAGCCGCUGCAACACAAGAACACGCCAUAGCACUCGCUCGCUCAAGCGGAGUUGAAGGGGGGCGGCGCGGCGCUAAAGUACGACCUGGGUUGCGACAUCUGAGGCUUGAGCUUGGGGCGCAGGUAGAGAGUGUAUCGGGGGAUAGGGAUGCGGAUGUGGCUGCUGCGGCGGGGGCCGGGGAUUUUUCGUUUUUCGAUAACCCCGCCACAACCGCGGAGGAGGGGGAGGAGGGGGAUGGUGGGAAGGAGGGGAAGGUGGGAGGGAAGGAGGAGAGGGUGGAUGUUAGGGCUGAGUUGAGGCGGUGGAGGGGAGCUGAGGGAGGGGGAGAGAGGAGGUGGGGUGGGAGGUUGGAGGUUGUUGUUAGGGGUGGGGAGGGGGAAUAG